CUGGCAUGGGAAGCAAGCUGUCCCCGCAUCGUGGCCUCCUGGAAGCUACGAGUGCAUUCGCAGCUGGUCCCGAAGAGUUAUCGAGCGGGCUUCACAUCUCCACCGCUGAAACGUCACUGCAGCCGUCAGGCGACGACACGGACGUUCAAGAGAACUCCUGCGUGUUGGACGUAAGCAAGGCAGAAGACGGGAACACGGAGAGCAGGACGUUCGUUGCAGACGCAAGAAGUGCGCGAGGGACCAUGGCCAACCACGAAGCUGACCGCGCAUUGGUUGUCCCCGUGCCCGAAACGCGGCCGCUCCUGGAAGUGACCUGCGCCGCUUACACCGGAGGAAGGGAGGAUGGUCAGGAGGAUCACGUGUAGUCGAGGUGAACGACAUCGCCGGGGCUCCAAGCAGCAGCUGAGAUGGGCCGAGCCCAGCCGUCUUUGUCCCGUAUAGAGACGUCCGUGCAUCCUAGGAGUUUCAUAUCGUCGCACUAGUCGGCAUCAAAACUCUGUAUACCAAUGCCACGCUGCACUGCGUUUACUACCAACAAAGCUGCGCCACGCCACAAGCACUUGGGACGUCGUACCUGGCCACC